ACUUAUUGCACGAUUCCAAUUGGAAAGCCAAGUGCGUUCGCGUCGCGGAAGAACAAAAAAUAGAGAAGCACUGCAAAUGCACUGGGUGUUUUUAAAGUACAACCGCGAUUAGAAGAGCCUAAGGAACAGGUGUUUAGCGACCAAAUCGAUUGGCCGUAAAUCAGCGUCGAGUGAUUCGAAGAGAGAAAUUCUUUUGCAUUCGCUGCCCACCGCAUUCAUUGCGGGUUUGGUUUCUCUGCGUGUGUGAGUGUGCGAAAGAGCGUGUGCAAAUAUCAGUUUUUGCCGCGUUGUCUGCUCUGCUGCGAAUUUCGAGCGGAAAGAAGAUAAAGAGAGAAGAGAGGAUCGGGUGAAUGUCGCUGAAACACCAGAAGCAAUCCUACCAACCGCUCCCAACGGCGGCUGCCAUGGACAAUCCGGCGAUGAUCCAGAGCGGCAGCAGCGGGAGCAGCUCCUCCGAGGAGGGGGGCAGUCGGGAGGAUGUGGCCAACCUGUCGCCGCUCGGACUGCCUGCGACCUACUCGUCACAACAGCUGAUGCCCUCGGAUUCGGACAGCAUGGAGGAGGAGCGCCAUCGCCUGCGACUACACCACCACCACCCACUGGAAGCAGGAGUCCACCCGCCCUCCGCCGCCGUGCCCUCGCGCCUCUCAUCCGUCGGCAGGUCACAGUGGUUCACCGUCACCGUUCUCUGCUUCGUCAAUCUCAUCAACUACAUGGACCGUUUCACGAUCGCCGGAGUUUUGACGGAUGUUCGAACUGAUUUCGAUAUCGGAAAUGACAGCGCUGGACUUUUGCAGACCGUAUUUGUUAUCUCGUACAUGGUGUGCGCCCCUAUCUUUGGAUAUCUGGGUGAUCGCUACUCCCGCCCCUGGAUAAUGGCGGUGGGCGUGGCAUUGUGGAGCACCACCACUCUGCUGGGAUCGUAUAUGCAGAGCUUUGGAUGGUUCAUCACCUUCCGGGCGCUGGUCGGAAUCGGCGAGGCCUCGUACAGCACAAUAGCGCCGACGAUCAUCUCGGAUCUCUUCGUUCACGACAUGCGCUCCAAGAUGCUGGCUUUGUUCUACUUUGCCAUACCCGUGGGAUCCGGUCUGGGAUACAUUGUGGGAUCCAAGACCGCUCACCUGGCCAACAAUUGGCGUUGGGCCCUGAGGGUCACGCCCAUUCUGGGCAUUGUGGCCGUUCUGCUGAUCGUGCUCAUCAAGGAUCCAGAACGUGGUCACAGCGAGGGAUCGCACAACCUGGAGGCCACCACCUACAAGCAGGACAUCAAGGCGCUGGUUAAGAACCGCUCCUUCAUGCUCUCCACUGCGGGAUUCACGUGCGUGGCCUUCGUGGCCGGAGCUCUGGCCUGGUGGGGACCUUCCUUCAUCUAUCUAGGCAUGAAGAUGCAGCCCGGCAACGAGAACAUUGACCAGGACGACAUCUCGUACAAGUUUGGUAUCGUGGCCAUGCUGGCCGGUCUCAUCGGAGUUCCGCUGGGCUCCUUUUUGGCCCAACGACUGAGGGGUAACUACGAGAACUGUGAUCCGUACAUCUGUGCGGCGGGCCUCUUCAUCUCGGCUCCCAUGGUGUUUGCUGCUCUGGUGGUGCCGCAGACUAGCGAGACUUGGUGCUUCUUCUUCGUGUUCGUGGCCCAGGUGGCACUAAACCUGUGCUGGUCCAUAGUGGCUGACAUUCUACUGUAUGUGGUGGUUCCCACACGUCGUUCCACAGCCGAGGCCUUCCAAAUCCUCAUCUCACAUGCGCUGGGCGAUGCCGGCAGUCCGUAUUUGGUGGGAGCGAUUUCCGAGGCCAUCAUGAAGCACCUGCACAAGAACCCCAGCGAUUCUGGCCUGACGACCGAAAUGCAGAGCAUGUCCCAAGUGGCCGAAUCUCCGAUUGUCAAUGUCACCCAAGCGAUCGUAGAAACAACCACACAAUUGAUGGAAACAGUGCGCUCCUCUGCCUCCCUCUCCGAUGAAUACACUGACAGGGAGCAGUUUGAGGGUCUGCAAUAUGCCCUAUUCUCCACCAGCUUUGUGGAGGUGCUGGGCGGCAUAUUCUUCAUGAUCACCGCCUGCUUCAUCAUCAAGGACAAGUACAAUGCCACGCGGGGAUUGCAAGGCGACCAGGGACCGCAAGCGGUACGAUCGUCAGCUGCCUCGGCCAGCGGGCAGAAGGACGUCGAGUCCUUUAACUCAGACUGCCUGGUCAUGUGCACUGACAUCGCGCUGCGCGAACGCACGUGAUAAAACGAAUAAGAAAUCUGAAAAUGUGCCCUGUGGCACGGAAUGAUUUUUUUUGGCCCCCAGUUCCCGAUGCCUCAGCUCAACAACAGCAGCGGGAGCAGCGCGCUCAGGUUGCCUAAUACCAGCCGAUCCUGGAGGUUAUGCUGCGCACUCAGAGCUCCGAUGGCAUGCCGGGUGAACUGAUACUGACUGAAAACCAUCUUUAAUUUAAUCAACGCUCACUCGCACCACGCACAUCCCGCAUCGGAUCGUACUGGAAGCUAACGGGGAUCCAGCGCUCCGUGUUCAUGCUCCUAUUGGAAAGGAUAAGGAUCGGAAG